AUGUUAUGCGACGAAAAUUGUUUAUGCAAUAAACGUGGCAUAGAUUACUAUGGCGUACUAUCAUUGAAAAAAGACUGUGAUGAUUUAGAAAUUAAAGCUGCAUUUCGGCGUUUAGCGAUACGAUACAAUCCUAAGAGAGCAAGGGAUGAGAAUUUAAGCACUAUUUUCGCUUUAGUAGCUGAAGCAUACGAUGUGCUUUCAGAUCCCCUUAAAAGAACCAUAUACGAUCAAUUCGGCGAAGAAGGCCUUAAAAAUGGCGUGCCUGGAGCUGAAGGAUUCAUUCAACCAUACAUUUAUCAUGGAGAACCGAUAAGAACUUAUAGGGAAUUCUUCGGGACCGAAAGUCCUUAUGCUGAUCUACUCUACGUACUAACGCAGUCUCCGUCUCUGCUCGAAUUUCCCGAGGGGAGGGGUAUAAAGUGCAAGGAAGAACCUCUGAUAAAAACCUUGUACCUAACCCUACUGGAGGUUUUUCUUGGAGGAAUUAAGAAAAUGAAAAUACAAAGAUUGGUAUUGGUAGGAGAUGAUAAAUCUAAAACGAUAGUAAAAGAGAAGAUCUUAACAAUACCUAUAAAACCAGGCAUUCCGACAGGAACAAGGAUAGUGUUUCCAGAAGAAGGCGAUCAAGGACCCACAAAAAUUCCUGCGGAUGUAAUCUUCAUCACGGAGGACCGGCCUCACGAGACCUUCCGAAGAGAGGGCUCUGACUUGCACAUAACGGUCGAUAUCUUUCUGCGAGAGGCACUGACCGGAACAGUGGUCACCGUCAACACCCUCGACGACAGAACCCUUCGAAUACCACUAACGUCUGUCAUCACACCAGACUGCAGAAAAAAUGUACCUGGUGAAGGAUUACCACUACCGGAAAAUCCAAAGAAAAGAGGAAAUCUAAUCAUAACGUUUAAAAUUGAAUACCCAAUAUACUUACCGGUAUCAAAUAAAAAUUACAUUAAACGAGCGUUUGAUACAUCAGAAGAUAUCCGAGAUACGGAAUAUGUUCAUCGUCUUAUAUUGGCCAAUAAAAUGCGUAGGAACAUGGAUUUUGAUGUUGCUGUGCGGAGAGAUCCCAAUGAUUACGAAGCAAAAGAAUUAGACCUUAUAUGUAACACUUAA